AUGAUGAACACCCGGCAGAUCAAAGUGGACCCCCCCAUGAUGAACACCCGGCAGAUCAAAGUGAACCCCCCCAUGAUGAACACCCGGCAGAUCAAAAUCAAAGUGGACCCCCCCAUGAUGAACACCCGGCAGAUCAAAGUGAACCCCCCCAUGAUGAACACCCGGCAGAUCAAAGUGGACCUCCCCAUGAUGAACACCCGGCAGAUCAAAGUGGACCUCCCCAUGAUGAACACCCGGCAGAUCAAAGUGGACCCCCCCAUGAUGAACAUCCGGCAGAUCAAAGUGGACCCCCCAUGA